AUGCUCGAGGUCGUGUCCACCAACCCGGCAGCCUUGCGCUUCGCUCCUGCAGAGCUGCGGGAGCACGCAGCGCUGAAAGCUUCGGCUGCCGCCGCCAGUGCUGCAUUGCCGACACAACCGGCAACACAGAAGUGGGACAACCAGGAUCUUUCCGGGCGUUGGCGCUACUGUGACGACAUGGGCACUGAUGAUGAGGACUUCGUCAUCAUACUCUCUGCCAUGCUGCCCCGGUCUAAGCUCGACGUGCACUUCCUUUUCGAAGGCCAAGAGACCACGGCCAAGUGCAGCGGCCAGGUAGCUGGGGACCAGGUUACCAUCAUCGAGGAGGAGCAGGGCACCCGGAACAGCUACAUUGGAAGAGUGGAGCAGGGUGGGCUCCUCAUCCGUGGGACUGUCCGCUGCGAAACCUCCGGCCGCGGGAAUACCUUCGAAGAAGGCUCUGUCGGUAGCUUCGUCAUGCAGCGGCUACACGGCAAGGACCGGUGA